AUUUACUCUUACCAAAUUGAUAAAAGAACACAUCUAGCAUAUUUACUUGUAUACUUUUUCCUUCCGACUUUCCCUUCCUACUUUUCUUUAACUUUUCUUUACAAAACGACAUUUUUCCAACCAUUUUUCUCAUCUCAAAAUUUCAGUGUUAUUAAGACCGACCUGAGCCGGUCGAUCCGACCGGUAAAACCGAUACCCGACCAUCAAAUCGGUUCGGAUCAGUCAAAUAAUCGCAACGGUCAAUUUUGGCGGUCAGUGAGCGGCCGAGGCAGUUAACCGCUCGAACCGACCCACCGGUUUUCUACCUCUGGCCGUCAAAUUAAAAAACAAAGUCAGAGAAUAAAAAAAUGUGAAAUCUGAGAUGGGAAACAGAAGCCCGGCUGAAAAACCCUUCGCCGCCCUCUGUCGCUGGGAAACGAAGCUCGUCGAGCAGGGGAAUAUCUUCGUUCUCCAGCAACUUCCUGCCGCUCUUACUCCUGCUCCGAUCGGCGAACUCAGCGACGACGACUCCAUCCUCUCGAACGAAGCUCUGGCCGUCGAUUUAGCUAUCCCACUGCCGGCUCUCUCUUUUUUCUUUUUGGUAGAACCUGCCGCCUCUCCUGUUGAAGGGAAACACUAAAAGAAAGAAGAAGAAGAAAGAAAAGGAGGGACGGCGGCAUGGACGCAUGGUAGGGUUUGUUUUAGAUUAUUUAUAUAAUUCAAAUUUACUAAAGUGCGAACCGUUCACGUUACCGGUUCAUACUCCGGUUCGAUUCUGACAACAUUGCAAAUUUUCCUUCCUCUCAUAAUUUUUCCUCCUCUCCGUAUUUUUCUCCUCUCUUUGGAAACAGAGCGUAACGAUGGAUAAAAAUAAAAAUCUGUAUCACAAAACCAAUACCAUUACAUUUGAGAAAAGGACAAAAACAAUAGCAAUGGAAGAAAUUAAUGAGCUGUCCAUUUUUGUAGUGAUAUACUGGCGAAUACUCGACGGUCGUCUUUCCUAUCAACCAAGUUGUUUUGGACCUCAAAAUGAAUAAUUCUUCUUAUUAUAAAAAAAAGGGGGAAAUGCAGCAAUAAACAUCAAGGAUCAAU